AUGUCUUGUACUGCUUUUCUAACCCAAAUUCCUCCAAAACCUCCAGAUUUCUGUCGAACUCUUCCUUCUUUCUAUCCUAGUCAACCUUAUUUCUUUCCUGUUUAUCAAAAUCUGCAUCAUUCGACUAUAGAUUGUUUUCAUCCACCCAAACCUUCAUUGCCUAAAGUUGCUUCGCUAAGAGCUAAAGGCGAUAAAUUUUCAAAACAGAACACUAUUUCUGUUUCACAGCAAACCCCAUAUCAUGCAGUUUCCAACCUUUUUCAACCUCUAAUCCAUCCUCUUUACCUUCCAGAUCUCAUUGUUUGCAUCACUUGGCUGUAG